GGAGAUUAUAAAAUUAAGGAGAUUUAGAGAUCCGAUAUUAUUUUUGUUCUAAACAAACGCUAUGAUGUGCGUAGAUAAAUUGUACGCUAAUCGAAAUAUUAAGAGACAUCGGGUUACAGCGGAAUGAAAAACCUUUUUACACAUUUUGUACCAUGAAAAAGAGCAGAGGGAUUCUUGCUGACAGAGGAUGUACUCUUUUUUACUCCACACUAUUUUUCUAUUGGCUCAAAAAAAUUCACAUGCUUCUUUUUUUACCGUAAAUUAUCACAUUUAUUUCUUUCCCCAGAUUAUGAAUGACACAUCUUAAUUCUUGUGUAUUUUUUUUUUUUACUGCUUUUAAAAAUAGUCCUCUCUCCUUUUUUGUUUCUUCUUUUUUUCACUUUCUUUUUAUUUUAUACCUACAUAAAAAACCAUGUCUGAUAACGUUGCUCAUGCCCUUUCUGGUGCCGGUGGAGGUAUUGUCUCUAUGGCCUUAACCUAUCCUCUUGUCUCCAUCAGUUCUCGUCUCCAAGUUCAAAAGAAUGAUGACAGCAAAGAUGCCUACAAGAACACUUUGGACGCCUUUGUUAAAAUUUUGGCUAAAGAAGGUCCCAAGGGAUUGUAUUCCGGUUUGAGUUCCGGUAUCUUUGGUAUUGCUAUCACCAAUGGUGUCUACUAUUACUGUUACGAAGCUGUCAAGGCCAUCUUUGAAAAGGCCAAGGGCCAAGGUAAGCCCAUGUCUACCGGUGAGUCCAUGCUCUCCGGUGCCCUUGCUGGUUGUGCCGUUGUCAUGGCAACUCACCCCAUCUGGACCGUGAACACUCGUUUGACCGUCAAGAAGGGUGUUGAAGGGGAAGGAAAGAAGACUGAGGCUACUGCAUUAACUGUCGCCGCUCAAAUCCUUAAGACUGAAGGUAUUGCUGGUCUUUACGCUGGUGUGCGUGCUGCUUUGGUGCUGGUCAUCAACCCCAUUAUCCAAUACACUGUCUUUGAACAACUCAAGAACAAGGUCUCUAAGACCAAGACCCCUGGUAACCUUGAUUUCUUCUUGAUGGGUGCCCUCUCCAAGCUCUGUGCCACUGCCAUCACCUACCCUUACAUUGUCAUCAAGUCUCGUAUGCAAGUCAGCCAACAAGGCGAUGAAAAGUACACCUCUAUCUUGGACGGUUUCAAAAAGAUCAUUGCUGCUGAAGGUGUGACCGGUCUCUACAAGGGUAUUUCCUCCAAGAUUGUCCAAUCUGUGCUUUCUGCUGCUUUCUUGUUCCUUGCAAAGGAAGUCUUAUUCGAUUGGUCUGUUUGGGUUCUUGUUCUUCUUGGUGCCCGUAAGGCUCGUCUUGCCGCUCCCAAGGCUUAAUCUUUUUUUUUAUACAUAUAAAAAUGAUGCACAUAAUAAUAAUAAAAAGAAAAAAUUAGAUUGGAGGGAAGGUUUUGUCAUACCCUUUUUUAAAAAAAAAAAUUGGGCUUAUAUAUAUAUCUUUUUUGAUAACCGCGUUUUAAACGUUUUUUAGUUGCCAAGCCCUAUUAGCUUAAUUAGUUUUUGACAAAAGCCAUUACUUCCUGUCAUAUUUUUUUUUUUUUUUUUUUU